AUAAAAUGAUUUAGAUAGAGACCGAACAGAGAACAGGACAACACUAUGUCUUUGUCGACAGGAAAGGGAGGUUAUUUGCCCAAAGUUGUUGGAACACCUCAACAAAUGGAAAAUGAAACACUGUUAGAAGGAUUACAAAACAUACUUGAUGACUACCCAGAUGGUUCGCAGAUUCUUCGAGAGAUGGUUCAGAAUGCAGAGGAUGCAGGUGCUACGUGUAUGAAAAUCAUGUAUGACAGUCGUCCUAUAGACCCUGGUAAAUCUUUGAACAUUAGUAAAUACUUCAAGGGUCCUGGAAUAUGUAUAUACAACGACGAGACCUUUAAGGAUAUUGAUUGGCGAGGGAUAAAGAAAAUAGGUGCUAGUUUUAAGAGAAAAUUAAAUGAGCCACUAAAAGUUGGACGAUUUGGUCAAGGCUUCAAAUCAGUUUUCCAUAUCGCAGAUCAUGCUGUAAUUUUGAGCGGAACGAAACUUUUGAUCAUCGAUCCGUUAAAGUCAGAAGAGAAGGAAGAUGAUUGCUGGUCUGCCUCUCUCAAAGACCUUUCAGGAGACGAUUCACCACAGAAAACAUUAACUUGCUUUGAUGGUAAAUUUGGUUUCAACAGUAAAAUAAUAUUUGAAGAGGAACCAGAAUAUAAAGGAACAUUGUUUUGGAUUCCCCUUCGGGAGAAAAGCAGUUUGACAUCUCCGAAAGUGUACACAAACGAAAACAUCGAUCAGUUGUUUGAGUCUUUCAAAAGAGAAGCUCCAAUAAUACCAUUAUUUCUUAGACAUAUUAAACAUCUUGAACUCUCCUUUGUCAAGACAGAUAGAUUUUCAUACUGCAUAGAAUUGGUAGAGGAAAAUAUAUUAGAAGGCAAUAAAGAGUAUGAAAAAGUUAUCCGAGAAAUUGAACAACGAAAAUCACUCCCCGAUACUACAAUAGCAUCGGUUAGGGAAGUAGUUGUACGAACAUACCCACAUGCUAGAGAAGAUUUCACCAAAGACCAUUGGACUAUAGUUCAAUAUCUUUAUGGAUCGGCUCAAAUGUCACAAUCAAUGAAAUUGUUAUCAAGAGAUAAGGGCCUUUCACUUAGUCCGUGUACUGGUAUUGCCUUUUGUACAAAAUCGAACAGUGUAAAUAAACCAUCAGGUCACGUGUUUUGCUUUCUGCCUUUGCCUCUAUCAGAUAGAAGUAUUACAGGAUUGCCGGUUCACGUCAAUGGAUUUUUUGCAUUGGAGCAUAACCGAUGUCAUGUAAAGUUCGGAUGCGACCAAGAUCAAAGUGAUAAUAGCUUAUUGUGGAAUGAUGGAUUGAUCGCCGAAUUUUUGCCCCAAAAUUAUAACCAUAUAAUUUGCCAUUUUAAGGAACUGUGUAAAAAAGGUGGAAAUACUCCCGAUCUUGUGGAAACAUUCUACAAAUUGAUUCCAGAUCCCGACAGUGUGGACCAACAAUGGCAUCCUCUUUUAAAAUCUUUGUAUGAUACUCUCUUAAAAAAAACCAGUUUUAUACAGGUCAGAAUGGUGGUAAAUGGAUACAAAUAUAAACAAUAUUGCGAAUUAGGUGGAUUGAACCUUCUUCCUCUAAGUGAUGAUGAACAUACAUUUUCAACAUUUGUAAAUAGCACAGAGGAUAUAUAUGUUCUCUGUGAUGAAAGUUUAGACCUUUUUCCUGGGUUUAAAAAAAGGCUUGUGUCUAAAACAAGUGUACCAGAUGGAGCAUGGAAAGAGUUGGUUGAAAUUGCUGAGAAAGGGCUAUAUCAACUCAAGCUCGUAACCAAUGAAGUUCUCCCAGAUAUGUUUCUACAGAUAUUCAAAAUUCAUUGUAAAACAGAAAAUUGCAACAUAUUCACUGCUAAAACAAAUCAGGUUUUAACUCGAACGUGGAUUGAAAAUGUAUGGAAGUACAUUCAUUCCAGAGGUAUUGAGGAUUUGCGUAUUUUUAAAAACGUUCCUCUUCUUCCACUUUUUGAGGAGGAAAAGCCAGAAAAUGUUUUGAAUGGACAAGAACAGAGGAAAAGUAUUGCAGUAGAAUUUUUCUGUUUAGAGGGAAAAUAUAUGCUGACUGAGUAUAAAAAUAUGCCAACGUUACCAGCAGCUGUACAAAAAGCAGUCCAGUUGACUGGGAUACAGUUGUUUCCUCCCGCAAAGACUAUUGGAUUUUACUACGAGGAUGUUAUUGGAAAGUUUAUCAAACUUCCAACAGCUGAAAACGUCGUAGGCUGUUUUGAAUUUUUACAAUCAGACACUUUGAUCUCUGAAGUAUCCCGAAAAAUCAAUAACAUCUGCACAGACGAAGAACGAGCAAGUCUUGCAAGGUACCUCGACGACCAUUGUUCUGCAAUAACACCAUGCUCACAAGAUGUAUUCAAGGAAAUACAAAUGUUUUACCAAUCUGACAAUAUUCAACAUCCAGAAAUAGUUUCAUGGGACGACAAUAAGUUUACGGUAAAUGCAUCACCAUUCCCUAAAGGAUUAUCAUAUCCCCGGUCGUUUCUUCUUCCUGAUUGUGCAAAUAUAUUGACCAAGUUUGAAACCAUUGAAUUGGACAAAUGCCAAUUGAUUAGUGAAAUUAUUCAAUUAAUGCUUAAAGAUUCAAAAUACAAAUCCGAAGAUAAACAAAAAUUCAUGAUUUAUCUAAAAGGUCAACCAACAAAUAUACUGGAUGUAGUACUGAUAAAGGCAAUGGAUAUAGAUUUCAUUCCUUCAGAUGACGGCAGAUAUCACUGCGUUAAGGAAUUGUUCGAUCCUACGUCUGGACGUUUACGAGACCUUUUUUGUUGUAAAAAAGGCGUAUUUCCUGAUGAAGAAUUUGUAAAUCAAAAUAACUUACUUACGUUUUUACGUCAACUUGGAAUUAAAAAAGAAAGAGACAUUACUUCUAAAGACCUUAUCGAGACAGCAUAUGAGGUUGACAAUGUCAAUGCCUCUGAAAACCGGGAGUGUAAAGCAAAAGCAUUGAUCUCAAUUUUAGUAGAUAACCCAGAUAGCAUAUCAAAAGUAGGAUUAGCAGAAAUCAAAGAAUUAAAAUGGAUACCUUGUUGUAGAAAAAAACCUGAAAGCUAUCCAUGCAAGCUUGAACUGUAUGAUAGAGAAGCAAAGUUUUGUUCUCCAAAAGAAGUUAAACAUUUUCAAUUUGUAAAUCUCAUAGGAACAAUGAAACCACUUGUAGAUGUUUUUCAAUCAGAAAGCAAAGUUUCUAUGUUUUAUGAAUGGAACUCUGAACCUGAUGUCAAAUUAGUCAUAGGACACUUAGAAAAAAUGAUACAAGUCUACAACAAAAAUGAUAAUUCAAAAUAUAUCAGCAUGUCAAGGGAUAUUUUCGGAUUUCUGAGUCAACAAAGAAAGAAAGGCUUAUUAGAUAUAAGUAGACUGCAGAGACUGAACUGUGUUCCAACAGAUAUUUAUGGUUUUAAGUCAGCAAAAGCGGUAGUGCAUUGUAUUGAACUAAAGUAUAGUCUGAAAUUGGAACCAUACAUUUUCCAGCUCGCCCAAGAACUAGCAUGCUAUCAUGAAUUAUUUUAUGAAAUAGGUGUCAAAUCAGUGGUUGACUUUAAAAUGUUAGAAUCAGUUCUAAUUCAGAUAAGAGAUAAAUAUCACAUUAAGACUGAAAGAAAAGGGAAUAAUUUUGAAGUCAUGCAAGACAGAAAGUUUACAGUGGAUAUACUGAAACAUAUAGUCAGUAUGGACAUUGAUAGAGAUCUAAUGCUGGGGUUAUAUGUUCCAGUUAUGUCCGAUGAUGAUUCACUUGUCUUUGACUGUGUGAAAAACUGCACUUUCUCAGAAGAUGUUCGCAAUUUAAAUGAAGACACCGGAAUAGUAUUUGUUCAUCCCGAUAUUGCUGAGGUUGCAUCGAUGCUAGGUAUAACAUCUUUAACAAAAAGAACGUUAGAAAAGAGCACAGUUUUCAUACCAUGGGGUCAAAAGGAACCAUUGACCACAACCAUUGCAAAUGAACUUGAAAGUUAUGCUGAUGGAUUUUCUAUUCCAAAAGAAUUACUUCAAAAUGCCGACGACGCUAAGGCAAAACGGAUAGGUUUUUUAUACGAUGAAAGAGAAAACAAAGAUUUGCAAGCUAAAUUGUUUGAUAAAGGCAUGGCUGAGUGCCAAGGACAGGCGUUAUGGGUUUAUAAUGAUGCCAUGUUUCAACAAAAAGAUUUUGUUAACAUUUUAAAUAUUGGGGGUAAAACGAAACUAAUGGACAAUGAUAAAAUUGGAAAAUUUGGAUUAGGAUUUUCAUCUGUAUACAAUAUAACAGAUGUACCUAGCUUUAUCAGCGGUGAUACCUUAGUGGUAUUAGAUCCCCAUUUGAAUCAUCUUGGAGAUGCAGUUCAAAAAAACGAACCCGGAGUUCGCGUUAAAAUUACCAAACAUAUUUUGACGAUAUAUAAGAAUCAAUUCAAACCAUUUGAAGGCAUAUUUGGCUGCAAACUUGACACAGAUGAUGAUGGAAACUUUAAGUUUAAAGGAACUCUCUUUCGUUUUCCGCUGCGUACUUAUACACAGGCUACUAGAAGUAAAAUUAAAUCAACAGAAUACAGAAAGAGAGAAAUGAUAGAACUAUUACAUAAAUUAAUAUCGGGAGCUGCAAACUUAUUGCUUUUUACACAGAAUGUGACUGAACUAGUCGUAUACCAUCUUGAUGGGAAAAGUUGUAAUCCAGAAUUGGAUCAACAGCUUUUGUAUAAAGUCGCCAAAUCAAACGUUGGAAGCGAAGACGAACCGUUUUUGCAAACUGUUGUCGCAAGAAAUCAUCUACACGAAGUCUCUAAACAAAUUUCACGCAUUCAAAAAAUUGAUAUAAAGUUUAAUUUUACAGACAAAAUACAACUACUAUCAACACAUUUUAAACCAUUUUCUGGAAAGCAAUCUUGGAUUAUUUCAUGGGAUACUGGGAAAACUUCAUUUGAUCUUGAAAGGAGAUUACGAAAAAAUGGUGCUGUCACAAUUGGCAGUGUUGCCAUACCUGUUGAUAGUCAGGGAAAGAUAUUACAACUUUCAAAAGUCCCUGAAGGUUUUUAUUCAGUGAGUCACCUGUUCUGUUUUUUGCCAUUGCCUCAACAAACAUCGCUACCAUUACAUAUCAAUGGAUGUUUCAUGACUGCACGAGACAGAAGAUGUAUUGUCACAUAUAAUGAGGAUGACAUUUUAAACGAAAACUGGCAAUGGAACGAUGCUUUACUAACAGAUGUAGUUCAAAAUGCAUACAUUAAUCUUGCAAGUUUUAUUACUUCAACAUCUUUAUUCAGCAACGUGUUAGAAGGUUACUGGGAAGCAUGGCCACUUUCGACCGAAAAUGAUCGCACCAUCAGUCACUUGGUAACAUCAUUUUAUAAAAAUGUGAUGGAAAGAGACCCAGUUGUUUUCUAUCGAAAAACCAAAGAUACAGUUAUCUCCUGCUCAUUUAGUCAAAUGUUAUUCUUGGAACCCACAUUUCGAAACGUUCAAACCAUCGGUCAAGUUGCUUUCGAAAGUCUCAUUAACUUUUACCAGGGUCCAGAAACUGUCAUUGACAUGCCUGUCGAAGUUUUCAAAAUGUUUGACAUGGCAAACAAAAAAAUACAUGGAAACCUUAUAUCUAAAGACGAAUUCUAUGAGACAUAUUUCUUCCCUCAUAUGACAGAUACUUACUGGAAAUCGCCUAGCAGAUCUAACCAACGCGACAUUCUAUUAAAGUUUGCAUUGGAAAACCAAACACUGCAUGCGCUCAUCAAGACAAUUGAGUGCAUACCAGUAAAACAGAGUGAAACCCUGAGAAAACCAUCCGAUUUAGUAUCCCAAACAGGAUCAGUUUCUACCAUGUUUGACAUUAAUGACCAAUGUUUCAUUAGAGAAGAUUUUGAGGCAUACACCAGUACAUUAGGAGAAAUGGGAAUGAUGGUUGAUAUUGUUACAUCCAAAGUUCUUUUGGAAAGGGCAUAUUCAUUGCAAACGGCAAGGAAUCUAGAUCUCAAUGAGAAACUUCAAAGAUCUUCAUCACUUAUCAAAUAUUUGAAUAAUGCAAUUGAAAAUCAUAAGGAUGUGACCAACAGUCUGAAAAAAAUACCGUUUUUACCAGUUAUGUCAAAGCCUGAGGGUUGGCCAUCCAUUAUUCCAUGGAAAAACGACACACUUGAGAGAGAUAAGAGAUUUCUUCCACCAGAGGACUUGUUUCUUUCUGAAGAUAGAUUUCUGAUAAGUGCCAUUGGCUUUAUCUGUGGUCACAACGAUCAUACUAAGGUUUUACAGUUAAUUGGAAUCAGAGUGGUAGAAACAAAGGACGUUAUAGAUCAACUGAAGGCAAUUGGAUCUCUAGAUAUUGACAUUAAUUAUGAAAUUAAAGAAACGUGUUCGAAAAUAUAUAGCUAUAUAAAUAAGGAUCUAGGGAGCUAUCCGGAUAACCUGGUCAAAAGAGAGCUAAAACAUUUACAAAAUAAAAAUAUUGUUUUCAUCAAAGACAAAAUGGUCUCUCCGUCGCAGGUAUCAAUUAACUUAGAGAGUGAUUGUGAUCCGUAUCUGUUUGAGAUCGAUCCAAUAUUCCGAGAAUAUACUGCAUUGUGGAAUAACAUGGAUAUUCCAAGAUAUUUUGAUUUAGAUACUUUUCUCAAUGUAUUAAGAAAAAAGCGUAAUCAGCUCAUGGAAACCAAAAUGUCGACUGCUGAUGUAAAAAGCAUUAUCAAUAUCUUGAAAAACAUUUGUUCGUUAUUGAAACGCGAAAAGCGGGAACUAAAGAGGACAGAAAAAGACCAAAUAUUCAUACCAGACACGCAAUGCAUUCUUAGAUCAAUAGAAAAUAUUUGUUUUGACGACGAAUAUAAAGGAGUACUAUUCGGUGAAAACCAAUUGAAUUGCAUCCAUCAUUUCGUUCAACAUGAAUUUGGAAUUGUAGAAACUUUAGGUAUAAAGCCGAAACGUACACUUCAUCUAUCUCGCUAUUCAAAUGUUCUACCAUUUGGACAGAAGGAAAAGCUUGUGGCACGGAUCCGGGGGAUAAUAUCUGCAUAUCCGAGAGAUCAUUCUAUUUUGAAUGAAUUAUUGCAAAAUGCUGACGACGCCGGAGCUACAGAGGUUCAUUUUGUGCUUGAUAUGCGACAUCAUCGAACACAACAUGUUUUCAAUGAUUCGUGGAAGAAAUUUCAGGGUCCAGCAUUGACAGUGUUUAAUAAUUCUUGCUUUUCAGAAACAGACCUAGAUAAAAUUCAAGAACUAGGUCAUGGGAGUAAAUCAGAUGACCCCACAAAAACAGGACAGUUUGGUAUUGGUUUCAACGCCGUGUACCAUUUAACAGAUGUCCCUUCUUUCCUCACACGAGGACCUAGUACUCCAGAAGGUAGUACAUUUUGUGUUUUUGACCCACACUGUACUAAUGUUUUAAUGGCGGAUCAAAAUUCCACAGGUUUGCGUUUGAAUGAUGUUAAUAUUUUACAAAAAAGUUAUCAAGAUGUUUACAAUACGUAUUUACAAAAUGAACUGGUUUCAAAUGAAGGCACCUGGUUCAGAUUUCCACUGAGAACUCAGGAUAUGGCGGGAAAAUCCGAAAUAAGUGAUACUAUUGUAGACGAAAAUUUGGUUAAAAAAAUGUUUUUGACAAUGAAAUCCAAUAUGAAAAAGAGUCUUUUAUUUUUAACCAAUGUGGUUAAAAUAAAUUUGUCUUACAUUGAAAAGGAUGGUACUAAGUUAUCCGACACUGAGUAUGCUUUUUUACAAAUGAAUUCUGAAGAUAGUCAACGAAAACACAACUUUGUACACAAUUCCAAUUUUCGUCUUAAAUCCUUGCAAGAUGAAAAAUUGAAGUUAAGAAAGUUUGAAUACAUGGAAGCCAAAUAUAAUGUAAACCUACACGAUAGCACAGAAUAUGUUGAAAGAUGGUUGAUUGUAGAGGCAUUUGGGUUUCCGGAUCAAAAUGAUGUACCAGCAGAAAUUGUUGAAGCAUUUGAUGGAAAAAAAAUUAUGCUUUCACCCAAAGGCGGAGCAGCAACUUGCAUAGAAUCAUAUAACAGGGAAACGAAAGACAAAAAGUAUUUUGAGAUGGAAAAUGGUAGAGCAUUUUGCUUUUUGCCGCUGCCGAUUCCAACUGGCUUACCAGUUCAUAUCAAUGGUCACUUUGCUUUAAGUUCAAAUAGAACUCAGAUAUUUGGUGGUCUUUUCAAAGAUGAUAUUCGGUAUAUGUGGAACCGUUGCAUUGUUGAUCAAACAAUAGCAUAUGCAUAUGCAGGUCUUCUCAAAUACUAUCAACAAGAAAUUAAAAACUGUACAUAUCAGCAUGCUGUCAAAAAGUUUUUAGAUUGCUUUCCUGUUUUUGUUUUUGCUAAAGAAGAUAUUUGGAAAGAUCUUACAUUUUCAACCUACAAAAGUAUUAUCAGACAAGAACUGAAUAUUUUUCCAGUAAGCCCGUCAUAUAAAAAACAUGAAUGCUCUAUUCAUCCAUUAUCUCAGCAGUUGGAACAAAAAAAGAAUUUCAAAAUCAAGAAAUGGGUGCCGCUACAAAGUACUCACGGAAUGUUUCCAGCAUUUUUUGACGAUCUUCAUUUUGGAACAACAUAUUUAGAUGACAUCAAAGCAAGUGAAGUAACUACCAGAUCAACAAGAAGAUGUUCAUUUUAUGGAGAACAAAACUUAAGAGAGGUGCUAAUUGAUUUAGGAAUGAACAUAAUAUGUGUUCCUAUAGGAAUUUCUAAAAGCAUUAACCAAUCAUGUUUACGUAGAGUGCAUAUCAGAGAGCCAUAUACAGAACAUAAAAAAACUAAAAUGAAUAAAGCACUCUCUGAAAAAGAAAUAGAAAACAUUGAUGAAAACCAACGCAAACAUUGUAUAUGUUCGAAAUCCGUAACUCCAACUUUUGUGAUUGAUUUCUUAAAAUCUUGGAACAGCAGAGCAUCAGAUAAGUGUGUUAUUUCCGUUUCUUCUGGAGAUUUACUUGAUGAUACACUGGUCAGAGAUAUUGGCAGACUUAUGUCUGUAUUAGAGUUUUGUUUGAUGGGAAAUAUUAAAAGUAUUGAUGAAUUAGAAGGCGUACCGCUGCUUGUCCGAAAUGACAAUAGUUUAACCACUUUUUGCACAGAAAAUAAUUUGAUCUUGUCAAAGUAUUGUGAACUUCUCCCGCGAUCGGCUGACAAAUUUGUACAUACAUGUGUAUGGCCAAAAUUGGUGGCGUUCGAAAAAAGUUUCAAACAAUUGGAGAUAAUAUCAUUUUUAGAAUUGCUACCAUGUACACUUGAGAGAUCAGUAUAUGAGAGUUUAGAACCAAUUGACUGGAUCUCAUCGGAAAAUAAACUUGAUGUAAAAUGGUUAACUAUGCUCUGGGAAUUUCUCAACACACAAGACAAUAUUAACAAUGUUCUUAAAAACUGGUGCUUAUUGCCUUGCUUAUGGUUCAACGAAGAAAAUAAGCUAGUAUCGUUUCAAAUGGCGUAUUGUUUGUUUCACGAAGAGAGAGUCGAAGUAUCAAAAGACAAUUUGAAUAAGAUAAUGAUCAAACUAAAAAUUCCAUCGCCAAAUACCGAAAUAUGUGGAACCAAACACUUAUCUGAUAUAGUGGCCACGGUUUUUAAACCUACAAAGUUCGUCGAUUGUUUACAUUUCCAUAGGGAAAGUGUUCAGUGGAAAAACCUUACCACAGAAGAAUGUGACCAACUCCUGACUUUUUUUAGCAACUCCACGGAUUCCCUUGGUUUUCUAAUCCUUUUAAAGAUAAAAACAUUAUUUCUGUUUACAACAGUUUCUGAAAAUAUCGUGAAGCUGGAGGAUGCUCAAAAAGUUCUUGUUGUGAAGAGUUCUGAUUGUAUGACAGUGUUCGACGGGAUAGAUGAUUUGUGUAUAGCAAAGAAAACAAUACUGAUAAAACAUAAUUCAUCACAUGAAAAAUUGUAUGGGAAAAUUGGAUGUAUCCUUUGUUACGAAACGAAGAAGAAAAAAAACAAAAGUUUGAAGUUUAAACAUCCUUUACUUGGCCUUUACAAACAGUUCAUACUACCGAAUUUCUGCCAUUUGAACCCAGAGGCACACAUGCCACAUCUUACCUUCAUCCGAGAUGAAUUGUUGAGAUUUGAAGAAAUCAAAGAAGAAUUACCCAAUUUGGAGUUUGUUCCAACUGAGAGAACUGCACGUUAUCAAAAGGCAUGUGCUUUUUACAGUCCUCAUAACAGCUUAUUACAUGAGCUUUGUGACGAUUCUGAACUUCCAAGUGUACCUUUUUCGGAAAGUGACUGGAAAGAAUUCAUGGAAUGUGCAGGAAUGAAAAGUACGGUUACCUUGCAGAUGAUCAUACAUUUUGCCAAGACAAUUCAGCACAAUGGAAACACUCCAUGUUCAGAAGGACAAUCGAAAUUACUAAUUGAACAUCUGUUUUCUUUAGCCAAUCUUGAGAAGGACACAUAUUUACUAUCAACAAUUAGUCAGAUAAAUUUUAUAACACCUUUUACGUGUUCCGAUGAGUACCAAUCUAUUUGCAGUCCUAUAAGUGAUAAACGACUGAUGUCAUUUAAAAAUAGUAUACCACCAGGGUAUGUUGACUUGUGCUGGACAAUGGAAGUUCUGCUACCUGAGUAUGCCGUACCAACUAAUGAAUUGAUACUUAAACACCUAAAUGUUAAAGAACAGCCUGAUUUAAAAUGUGUCGUUUCGCAUAUCCAUAAGGUGUGUGAAUCGUUCCAACGAUCUGGUAUUCAGAAAGAAAACAAGUCAUUCAUAAAGGACCUAAUAGAAACUUUUUAUAAAUAUCUUUCCAAACUUCCAGAACUUUCGAUGACUGAGGCAAAGGUAAUGUUAGAACAAACGGCAAUCAUAUACUUUGUUGAACAUGGGCGGUUUUUACCUGCAAGUAGUGUUGUAGUUCAUUUACAAAAGGAGUUUGAAAUUCCACCUUAUAUGCUAAAGUGUUCUGAUUGUUUUGGUGACUACUUCCAUCUGUUUGAGAUACUUGGUGCCACUGAUAAUGUUUCGAUUCAUCAAUACACUAACAUAUUAGCUAUAAUGAAAAAUAAAGCACAGGAUGAACCCCUUACACUACAAGAAUUGAAAUCCUUCAAAUGUGCAUUCAUGGGGCUAUUGUAUUGUCUAGAUAUCUAUACACCAAAGGAUGCAGACAGAGAUUGCGAAAUGCAUUUGUAUUUACUCAAUGAAAAAAACGUUCUCAAACAUUCAAAUCAUCUUAUGAUUAAUGAUCUUAAUCUGUUUAGGUUACGGAUCGGAAAGGGAAAACAAAUUGAUUUUAUGUGUGACUUGACACCUUUCAUAUUAGACAAAUUUAAUCCAGUUGCUCGUCUGCUGCGCCUACCUGUCAACUGCAGACCGAAUACAAUUUCAAAAUCUGUAACAGAGAUAGCUGUUUCCACGAAAUCCAUUGUUUCAAGCGAUGUAGCUGCAAAAUUAGAACUGUUCUUAUCUGGUGAUUUAUUCAGCUAUGCAAUUAUUCGUUUAAUGAAAACAUAUCAGGUCAAGAAAAAUAUGAAAAUUAGUGGGAGUGAAUUUAAAGAAGUAACUGAUCAACUUAAAAAACUUCGAGUGCGUGCCUUGGUCACUUUAAAAACGGUACUUGUUUACGAGAAAGAAAAAUGUAAAGAAAGUAUUAGAAAUAAGCCAGUGUUUUAUGCUUCAGAUGAAAAUGUUAUGUAUGUAGAGUACAAAAAAGAUUUCUCAGAUUCGUGGUUACCGAGAAACAUCAUUUGGAUUUCAGAAGGUAUUCAAGAAAUAGCUUUUAAAAAGAUAUUUAUUAGCGACAUCCAGGCAAUUAUGCCCUUCUUCGAUUCUUUCAGCACUGAACUAGAAGAAGAGUUAAACAAGCUUGGAUUUGUAGAUGCUGACUAUAAGUUUGAAUGUAUUUCCUGGUUUCCUUUACCAGGAACAGCUGUUCCAGACGAACUUUUAGGUUUCUUGUCCUCAGAAUUUUGUUCAUUCGAAGCAGGAGACUGUGCUGUAUAUGAAGUGUUUGACAAUACUGGAGAUGACAUCGAUGAUGUGGUGUCAGUCUACAUUUAUGUGAAGAUAGUAGAACAGCUGAAAGAUGAUUUAGAAACAUUUCCGCUAUACGUGAUAAAUACCGGUGAGGACGUUGAAUUAAAGAUCAGGUCACAUAGACUUUAUAAUGUCAUCAGACCAGAACUAAAUACAUCAGCAGAUAUUCAACUAUACGCCCGUAGCCAGGUGGAGCAGACGAUUGACCAAAAGGAACAAAUUUUUCAAACAGUAGAAAUAUUCUUAGUUCGUGCAUGGCGCCUAGGACCAGAGGAGUUUAAAAAUGUUGUUCGUCGUCUUGUUUUAAGAUGGCAUCCCGAUAAGAACGAAAAUUCAUCUUUCUGUGGAGAAGUUUUUAAACAUUUAACCAAUUUCGCCACAAGAUUGCAAUCUGGUGAAAUAGACGUAAGCAAAAUUGAUGUAAGAAGAAACUAUGAAAAUGGCCAGUGGGAAGAAUAUCUACGUAAUGCUACGUGCUCAGGAGACGAUGUUGAUGGAGCCUCAAAAGGUUAUACAUUUGAUAUUCAUGGAUUUGCCAACCGAGUCGGAACAAAACGUCCUAGAGAUUGCCAACAUCAUGGUUCUUCAUUCCAAAAUCCACAACCCCAUAUGGGUCGCAUCUGGAUUAAACAAGCCAGAUUCGAUAUGUCUGCUGCACAACUAUCUUUAACCACAGCAACCGAUAGGACCUAUAACUGGGUGUGUGUACAGAGUCACCAGGCCGCUGAAAAAGCUCUCAAGGCAGUGCAAAUAGUAGAGGAUUCCUCUCAAGUUGGAAACGACCAUUUCUUGACGAAAUAUAUAACAUUAAGAAAUCCAACACUCAAGGAUGCUUCCAAAAAACUGGAAAAUGUAGUAGUAAAUUAUUCACGGAUGCGAUACCCAAGAAUAACGUCCUAUCCUCUAGCACCAUCCGAAAUGUCGCACGAUACUGGUCGUGCGACGUUUCACACCAAAGAACAGGCAGAGGAAAGUGUCCGGUUAGCUGCUGUCAUUGUUGACACUAUCGAAGAUCAAUUCUUUUGA